CUAAAAGGAUUUUCCCCUCGCUCCAAAUUAAAAAGCAGAAAGUCAAUCUCGGGCUUGUGUGUCCCUUUCCUUACUUCUUUAUUCAAUCCCCAAAUUGAAAUUAGGUCAUUAUUUUCCCUUCAAGGCGUUGGCAGCCGGUGUUCUCCCCUCUUAUCUUCACCGUAGACAAAUCCAAGGAGUAGGUCUGUGCUAAAUGAGUGAAAACCAGGACAUCCCUUGCCCAAUUGGGGUUGUUUCGGACUCUGAGAGUGAUCCACCUGAAAAUGAACCGGAUGAUACCCAGAUGCAUAUGUCGAUGUCGACUGGAAGCAAGAAAAGAAGCUGGGAAAUCGAUAAUUAAGUGGAAGCUAAAGGAAAAGCCCCCCAGAAAUGGAUAUCGGGAAAAGAAGCUUCAACCUCCCAGCAACAGCCAAAACCGAAAAGUGAAAAGAACUGUGGGGAAGCUGUGCAAAACAGAUUGAAAAAAUUUCCACCAUCAAGUUGACAGACGAAGAAAGACGGUAAAUGGUCCUAAUUGAACUAUUGAAAAAUUUCCACCAUCAAGUUGACAGACGAAGAAAGACGGACAAAAUGAGAGAUUUGGAAUUUCUGACAUGGAUAAAAUCGAAAUCCUUUCCUGUCUCAUUACAAAUUCCUGCCUCCUUCAAGCAAAUCAAAACGCAGUGGCUAAUGCAUCCUGAUCUCCAAAGCAUUCUCCAAAAGAUCCAGUACAUCAAGGCCAAAUUCAAAGAUCAUCUUGUAAAAGAAGAUGAUGCGAAUGAGGAAUUGGAUACAGUAGAAGAUGAGUUAAAUAAAUUAGAUCAACAACGAUCAAAGGAACAAAAAAGGGACCUUGAUGCAGUCUUCUCUAACACUAAGGACACCAACAUGGGGACUGGGACUCUAAUAAAAGAGGCCGUUGUUGAGAAGCACCGUUUUGGUUCUAUGAACCAUUAAUGAAACGGAGCGUUUUGCUGAAGCCUUCUCAUUAGUGAAACAGUGCGAAAUGGAGAGGGAUUACAUCUGUCGAGUAACAGCCACAGUAACCAUCUCUCCUAACUGUUGCCGAGUUUCCCAUUUAGGGAGAAUGGCUGGGGAAAAACGGUUAUGCAGUUUUUGAAUCGAAGAAUUCUAUUGUUCUCUUCUCUCGAUCUUCUUCUUCCCCUCUCUUUCUCUGCUAUUCUCUCUGGUUCUUGUGUGCACUCAUAACACUCAACUGAUUUAUAUAUAAUUAUAGACACAUCAUUUUCUGUAAUUUAUAUGAUAGAUGAAAUCAAAAUCAAAAUUUUGAAACUUCAA